AUGCCUGAGCAGAUGAAGCUUGCGUUCAUGGCGAUCUCCAUGGCAUGCCUUUCAUUGCAAGUCACUGGUGUGCGGCCGGCUCGUUCGUCGCACGACGAACACCUCUCCGAUCUUGCACUGGGUAACAGAAGCAACAGAGCCAAGCUUGAGAAUGGGGACUGUGCAUCCGAUCCCCUGUCCACAACGGUCCCAGCAUUUCGUCAGGUUAAGGUCCCCGGGCAGUGCAAACGCACAUGUAUCGACAAGUCAGACCUGAAGGUCUCAAUGGGCAGCUCCGUCGUCAGUGGACUUAUGAACGGCGCCUUGUUGCUGAACCCUGGCCUCGCCCCUGCCAAGCUCGCAAUUUAUGGUGGCCUCUAUUUCAGCGGCGCCAUCCCAGAUUGGAAUCAGCAUGAUUUCUGUACUCAGAUCGUCUCCUCAAUCGUAAUCACCUGCCCGCGCUACCAGAGCAAAGGUGCAGCUUGUCCACUCGACACUUCGAGUAGGAAUCCCCAUUGCGAGGCCGUGUACAAGGCCGGCUUGAAGGGAAAGCCAGUCGGCGAGUCCGAGUUCAAGUGUGCGAUUGCAAACUGGUGGGAUGCCUGCUGCAAUGUGAGGGCAGCGCCCGCAGACUCCGAAGAUUCCGAGUGCCGAAAUUGUGGGCAAGACAUGUACUUCUGCACGGAAUUGCCAGGCUGA